AUGUUCGCGGGCUCAGACACAACAGCUUUCUCACUGACCAUAACGCUCGUGUAUCUUUGCAAGUAUCCGGAGAAAAUUGUCAAAUUACGUCGGGAAGUGCAAUGCCUCAGGGACUUUAAAGUGCAGGACAUACAGCUGGCAACAAUCUCGCAGAUGCCGUAUCUUGACGCUGUGAUCCGUGAAGCAAAUAGACUCAGCUCGCCACUUUCUACGGUCUUGCCUCGCGAGGUUCCCAGUACGGGGUGUGUUAUAAGCGGACAUUUCCUCCCGAAAGGUACUGUAGUUGGUUUUCACCUGGAUGACAUCAACAGAAACCCGAAAUUCUUCCCCGAACCAAAUGACUUUAUCCCGGAGCGAUGGUCUGGAGAGGAAGGAAAGAAGCUGCAGAGAUGGUUCGUGCCUUUCUCUAAAGGUUCUAGGAGAUGCAUUGGAAUGGACUUCGCUUUUGUCGAAAUGAAGCUGGCUGUCGCUGCGAUCAUCUCCAGAUUCGAAAUCUGGCUAGACAAUCCGAACGUCACGUUGAACAGCCGGGAGAUGUUUGUUAAGAUCCCUGAGGAUGACCUGAGGAUCAGGCUCCGAGCGAUUACCGUUUGA